AGGGAAGUCCAACCCAUUAAAGCAUCAACAAAGGUCUCAUUGGUGGCCGGGAGUGUCUGUCACCAAACAGCCAUGAGAGGGGUGCACAUGAACUGGGCUGAACAGCGAUAUUCCAUGGAUUAAGCUCCGAUAUUCCGAACCGUGUUAUCUGAGGAAAUAUAGGAUUGCAUUAUAACACCAGGCGACUGCGUUUUAAUGUGAAGCGACGUAUUCUGUAGCUGCUCGCGGAAGCUGUUUCGAGACCGUGGCCGCGCCGGGAGGAGAUGUUGUUUUCUCUUAUUCAGACGCGACUAAAACGGCUCGAGCGAUUCUAAACGCGUCGCUAGACCGCCGUCCAAGUCGGGGGUUAAUUAUCAUCGGAUCCCCGAACCUGUCUUACUCUGUCCAUAUCACCCAACAGCAAACAGCUACGUCUUAUAAGCGUAUAGCUUAUUCAUGAAAACCGAGCAUGUCAGGUAAACACUACAAGGCGCACGAAGUCAGUUGCUGCAUCAAAUAUUUUAUAUUCGGGUUCAAUAUAAUAUUUUGGCUGCUGGGAGUGGCCUUCCUUGGGAUUGGACUUUGGGCAUGGAGCGAGAAGGGGGUGCUGUCCAACAUCUCCUCGAUCACGGACCUGGGGGGCUUCGACCCGGUCUGGCUGUUCCUGGUGGUGGGCGGAGUCAUGUUCAUCCUGGGCUUCGCCGGCUGCAUCGGAGCCUUGAGAGAGAACACCUUCCUGCUUAAAUUUUUCUCGGUGUUCCUGGGGAUAAUCUUCUUCCUGGAGCUGACGGCCGGCGUCCUGGCCUUCGUCUUUAAGGACUGGAUCAAAGACCAGCUGAACUUCUUCAUCAACAACAACAUCCGGGCGUACCGCGACGACAUCGACCUGCAGAACCUCAUCGACUUCACCCAGGAAUACUGGGAGUGCUGUGGAGCUUUUGGUGCUGAUGACUGGAACCUGAACAUCUACUUUAACUGCACUGAUACCAACCCCAGCCGAGAGAAGUGUGGAGUCCCCUUCUCCUGCUGCACAAAGGACCCUGCGGAGGAUGUCAUCAACACCCAGUGUGGCUACGACGUUCGAGCUAAAGAGGACGCGGAGCAGAAGAUGUUCAUCUACAUCAAAGGCUGCGUGCCGCAGUUUGAGAAGUGGCUGCAGGAGAACCUGACCGUGGUGGCGGGAAUCUUCAUCGGCAUCGCGCUCCUGCAGAUUUUUGGCAUAUGUUUGGCGCAGAAUCUGGUGAGCGAUAUCGAAGCGGUGAGAGCGAGCUGUCUGUUCACCUGAGACCACGGCUCCCUCUCUCUCCUUACCCCUGUCCUGACAGCGCAGGUCAUCGGACGCUCACCUGGAGCUCGUCAAGCGAGACGGGAGGGGCGAAGAUCUGACGUGUACAGAGAAGACACGCCCCCAUCACCUUUUAUUACCUGUAAAUACGAACACUUUUGUAGCUGGUACACAAGUUUUUAAGAAGAUGUUCAGCGGUGUCAAACACGGCUUGUAAGAUAAGUAAAAAAGAAAAAACAAAAACAAACAUAAAAUCUGAAAAUCGUGGGUGGGGUGUGGGUUUUUGUCUAAAUACACUGCAUGCCUACUGAAAAGGCAUUUGCUCUCCUCUCUCUGCACUACUCAGUGUAAAAAGGAUGUUUUGUGUGUUUGUACAUACUGAAGAGGGGUGGUGUAUACAGUAGGUUUUCGUAUUUGUACCACUUUAACACACGCCGAGGCUAGAAUGUUAGGGAUAAAAGAAACCGUACUGUACGUUAAAAUAACACACCCGUGACACUGGGGUCCACAGGGUCAUCGUCCGAUGGCUUAUGUUCAUUACAGGAGUCUGCAUAAGUACUUUAAUUAACUGGGAUCAUCACCCUCAUGAAAUGGCUUUGCAUCUUAUUGAUUUUUGUGUUUUUCUAAGUCUAAUCUCACCUGCUCUGCUCUGCAUGUGAAACACGCCUCUGGUUCAGCUAAAAUGCAUCACUUGGGCAAAUGUACCCAGGACGGAAGGCAGAUCAUUUAGCUGUAUCUGCAGGCUUUUUUUAAACCACAUUAUCAAUGGAAAGCUCAAUUUAACAUCAAAAUGAGAUUUUAGGGUGAAGUUCCCAAGCAAAGGGUAUUUCAGUUUAUCAGCUUUGUCGUGUUUCCCAGAUGACAUCGUUUAAUUAACUUAAUUUUAUUGUAUUUAAUAAGGAUAUCUUAUUAGUCUUAUAAUUAUUUGGUUAUUAUUUCUGAUAAAUUAGUAGCAACAUGGUGCGGGGGCAGGGGUACUGCCUCCAGUAGGCCCCUCGGGCUUUUUUCUUUGCCUCCGUCGUGACUUUGCUGUAGAGCAGUGGCUGCCAAACUGUGGGCCGGACGGGCACACGACAAAACGACUCAGUGCUGCGCGUCCCGUCCUGGGCCUCUGCGCCGUUCCAGUGUGUGGAUGAACUACACGGCCCAGAAUCCCCCAGAAUCCCCCAGAAUCCCUCAGAAUACACGGCCCAGAAUCCCCCAGAAUCCCUCAGAAUCCACGGCCCAGAAUCCCUCAGAAUCCACGGCCCAGAAUCCCCCAGAAUCCCCUAGAAUCCCUCAGAAUACACGGCCCAGAAUCCCCCAGAAUACAUGGCCCAAAAUCCCCCAGAAUCCCCCAGAAUACACGUCCCAGAAUCCCUCAGAAUCCACGGCCCAGAAUCCCACAGAAUCCAUGGUCCAGAAUCCCUCAGAAUACACAUCCCAGAGACUUCCUGUGCGGGUGAACCCUUUCCUUUGACGGUCCUGUUCAGAUUGAGUCUGUUGUGUGCCCCGCACUAGCUGGAGUGCAUGCGCAUGCAGUUGUGUCGACGUGAAUCCACUUUUGAGCGCACGCCAGGCUACAGCUUGGUCAGCGGUGAGGGGCAGAAUGUGGGUCAUUAAGAGGCCUGUGGACUCACACGCUUUUCAGAUCCAUCGCUCUACAGCAAACAGCGGCGCCAUAGCAGCAUGUUCACCGCCAGGGUCAGACAUAUCAGCACGCACAACUUUAAUAACAGCAUUACGAUUUCAGACUGUGCCAAAACAGACCGCGUAGCAAAACCCGUCCUUUCUUCUGCACAGAUUCUGGGGGCGACAUAGCUCAGGAGGUAAGAGCGGUUGUCUGGCAGUCGGAGGGUUGCCGGUUCGAACCCCGCCCUGGAUGUGUCGAAGUGUCCCUGAGCAAGACACCUAACCCCUAACUGCUCUGGUGAAUGAGAGGCAUCAAUUGUGAAGCGCUUUGGAUAAAAGCGCUAUAUAAAUGCAGUCCAUUUACCAUUUAUCAUUAAAGACCAAGACUUCGCAAAACUGUGUGAAUACUGCUUCACAUUCGGCGGCAUCCUGGCAACUUCUAACGGACACUAUGUUUUGCGUAACUUCGGGCUGUGUGUGAGAUUUUUUAACACCUUCACAAGUGUGUUAUUACAAGUUUAUAAAGGUAGUUAUACGCAGAUAAUUUGCUUCAUAAUAGCAGGACAGGGAUUGAAUGUUUUUUUCAUGGGGUUUAAAUUUAUUAUUGCUGUAAAUCAGUGUUUUUUUAAGCUCUACGUGCACGCUGUCGUUAAGGUGUGGACGUCCUUAUGAAAUUAUGCACUGUAAAGUGUUAGCAAAUGAAAAGUUUUGAAAAGUUGAUCGGAAUGGUCUUGUCCUGUCAUAUGAUUCCAAACAUUUGCAUCUUUAAAAAGCUAAUUAUGUAAAUGAUCUCUCCUCGAGUGCCAUACAUAAGUAAUCAAGACUUUCUGUUGGUUGUGUACGCAGAUUUGAAACUAGGAGGGUUGUAAAUAUGUUAAAAUUUGAUGUGUGUGGAAGCAGGCCUCAGUCCUAUCAGAAAAGAGUGAGGUGUUUGUUUUUUGUACCGUUCACCAACAACAGACCUUCCUCUGAUUGGCCCUUUUGCUGAGAACCUUGAAGCUCAUUGGCUGUCAGAGGCAUGUGGUGAGUGGCUGGCAAAUCAAACGACCUCUCAGCAGUGGCUUUAAACAUUCUGCUCAACAGUAAUUAAACCUACACUCUUUAUUAUCCCCCGAUGUCGUCUAUUUAGUGCCUAGAUGGACAAUAUUUUGGACAUCGAUAUGGGUCUUUGCCAUUUUAGACCAAUACACUGUCCAUCCGUUAAAUGCACCGCACUGGGGGCAGAAACUGCAGCAGGUUUUCUGAUCGUUGUCAGCUGUUUCAUCAGCCUGCAGCCGCACUGUUCCAGUGUGCGCCCCCCUGACUGCACUUUGUGCUGAUAAUUUUUCCUCAGCAUAAAGGCAUAUACUUUUAUUUUAAAAAAAGGAAGGUUGUAAAAAUCCUUUCCUUUCGAUGUUAAGUGAUGUGUGUUCUGAACAGGAGCUCUGAUGCGGUGUGUCUGCUCUCUGUGCUCCUUCAGUUCUGCAUGGAACCAGCUAAACCGGCACGCUGCUGGCUGGCUCAAAUUCUAAUUGCCAUGGUACUUAUGCAAUAAACAUGGUCACCAGCAGAGGGCAGUGGAAUUACUUCAGUAAAACAGGCCUACUAACGCGAUAGCAUUUGCUUUUGUAUUCUUUGUGUAUAGCAGGUAUGAUGAAAAUGAUUUGGAUUGCACAGGGUCUUUAAAAUUCAGGUUUACUUGCCGAGUACAUGUGCAGCUCCCCCUGUCAUCUGCCCCCCCCCCUCCCCCAAUGAAAACAUACGGGACAUUUUUAACCCCUUCAUGCCUGUGUCCAUUGACUGCAAUGAAGACAAUAAAAACUCAAAGAAUGACA